UUCCCGAUCGAAACCAUGGAAGACUGUGAGAAUGACGAGACCCUGGAUCUCGCCUCGAGGACGUGGAGUCGAGUCAUGGAAUCGGCGUCCAAAGCAGGAUAUCGAGAAGGAGUGGACGAGGGCUCCCAAGAGGUUCUGCAAUCAGAUUUCGACGUAGGAUAUUCAGAUGGCUUCAAGAUUUCGUUCCUCCUGGGAAAAUACAAAGCGCUCGCAGCCCUCAACCCCGAAAAAAUCCCCCCAGACAUCCAAAAGAUCCUGGAGGCGACCCGCCGAGGAGAAUGCCACAUCUGCCACCUAGAAUCCUCCGGUGAAAUAAAUCUGCUGGAGUCCCAAGAAGUAAUCAGAGCCCACAGAGACCACAUAACUAAAAUAAUUCACAAAUUAAAAGAGAAUUUCUCACCUCUCCUCCGAGAAAAAAACAUAAAAAUCGAGGAACCAGAAUUAACUUGACACUUAAUCCCAAUAAAUCU